AUGCCUCAAACCACUACCACUACCACUACCCCUACUACUGCUACUGCCACCAACCCCCAAUUUCCGACCUUCCAUCCGUCCAAGUUCUCUUGGGCGGAUGAGGUCGAGGAAUGGGAGGAAGCCCAGGCCUCCCAAGAAACCAAGGCCACCAAGAGCCCAACCACCAGGGACUGUGGAACGAAUCCACAGUUCCCGGUGGUUGAGGCUGGGAAAUUCUCCUGGGCAGAGGAGAUGGAGGAGGAGGAGGGGGAAAGCCACUCCUCGGGCAAAGUUGAGUCAGUUCCCGACUCAAAGUGCCAGUACGUCCUUCCCCCCGUCUUGGACGGAGUUUUCUCCGCUCAACAACGGGAGCGGGAGGAACGUGCAGUCACGGUGACCAGUUUUUAUGAUUGGUUACUCGUGACGCGGCCAUGGCUCGGGAACUAUCCCGACGAUACGCCCGAGGAGUGGAGGAGGAGGAUGAAGCGCCACUGGGACCAGCGGCACCUCUUCUUCAACCCGUACACAGGAGCCCCCAUCCCAUGGCUUGGGAGAAAGAUUGUGUGGAUGGAUGGAGGUCCUGUGGGUUGA